AGUGAACUCGCGCAUAGCAUUCGGUGCGGUCAGUCGAACCGUUAGUCAGUCAGUUAGCUGCUUGGUAUGGUAAGUUCGGUGUAUAUAACAUUUUGACGCGUUGCGUAAUCGUUUAAAAGUGUAAGCAAGACGGAGGAAACUCGCGUCGCGUACGUUUUCAGUCGUGUCUCGCGCUCCCGUCGAAGAAAUCGCAUUGCCUGCCGCGGAUCAAGAGAUAUGCCGAACAGUGGAGUCGAACGUUGUUAACAUCACAAAGGAUGCCACUGGAUUUUCCUCUGGCAAAUCGGUAACGAACGAGCAGCAGCAACAGCCUGUCACAGAGAAAAUGUCGCCGAUUAAGACCAACGGCGGUCCGCCGGGGACCACCUCUAUACCUGUGCUGAAUUACGUGAGAUAUGAGCAUUUUGUGGGCGGCAUAUCCGGUGGCGUGACGGCUACGUUAAUACUGCACCCGUUAGACCUGAUCAAGACUAGAUUCGCAGUUAACGAUGGGCAUACGCAUUCUGGUCCACAAUAUAAAGGUCUCAGAAACGCGGUCAUGCAAAUUAUUAAGACCGAAGGUGUGCAAGGACUUUACAAAGGUGUAAUACCGAAUGUGUUAGGAUCCGGUGGUGCAUGGGGUUGCUAUUUCUUUUUCUUCAACACUAUUAAAGGUUGGAUCCAAGCGGGAAAUAAUCGGAAACCUUUGGGACCUUCCUGGCAUAUGUUCGCUGCAGUAGAUGCUGGCAUUCUUACCUUACUUAUAACCAAUCCACUGUGGGUAGUGAAAACGCGGUUGUGUUUGCAAUAUAAGGAUGAUAACAAUGUUCCAGAAAAGUUUCGAUAUAAAGGCACAGUAGAUGCGAUUAGAAAAAUUUAUAGAACAGAAGGGAUCCAUGGUUUGUACCGGGGUUUAAUUCCUGGAAUGUUUGGUGUUUCACACGGUGCCAUUCAAUUUAUGGUGUACGAAGAGCUGAAAAAUUGGUACAAUGGUUAUUUAAAUUCUCCAAUUGACAAUAAGUUGAGUACAUAUGAAUACAUAGUCUUCGCGGCAAUCUCAAAAUUAAUUGCUGCCGCUACGACUUAUCCUUUUCAAGUUGUAAGAGCUCGACUUCAAGAUCAUCAUCAUAACUACUCGGGCAGCAGAGAAUGUGUACGAACGAUAUGGAGAUAUGAAGGGUGCCUUGGCUUUUACAAGGGGUUGAGUGCAAACCUGACCAGGGUGGUCCCGGCAACUGUGAUCACGUUUGUGGUAUACGAAAACGUGUCUUGGUAUCUUCUGCAACACAGAAAUAGACGGAUCAUCGAGGGAGACAAGAUGCCACUUCCCAUUCCGGUUAAAAAAAUCGAGACUUGAAGUACCCGUUGGAAAUUCGUGCUGGGAAACACGACACCUAAUUCAGAUCUAAUACGGUACUACCUUGAGAAAAACAAAAAAGAUCGAAGGCACAAUAUACCUGGACCAGUUGACAGAAUAUUACGAUUUGCGAAAUAAACACGUCCGCUAACGAUGGACGAAAAUUCCAGUUGAAUCGCAACGACACAAAGCAGGAUGCAUUUCGAUUCCGAGCGAAGGAUCAUAAUUGUUAAAUUGUUCCAUAAAUCGUUUGCAAGCAGGGAUUGGAAAAUAUGGUUUAAAAAGCAUUUGAAUGACGAAUACCUUACUAAUUUGUAUUCUAUUUAUAGUAGAAUACAAAUACAGGGUUUCUCAGGAAUCGAGAGGGAUUUAUCUUUUAGAGGCCUCGACAGCUCUUCGAAAACUCUCAGUAUAUUGAAACAACUCUUUCUUGCGAAACAAUAUUAUUGCAUUCAGUCCUGAAUCUUCUACUUGGACUCUUUCACUAAGGCAUGUUGAUAAAUCAAACAUGUUAGUUCAUACAUUCAAAAUUAUUAGUAUGAUUAGUUUGAAUGGACUCUUUAAACUAAUUCAAACAUCUUUUUUGUGUAAAUUUGAGAUUCCACUCUUUAAUAGAGCUUGAUUGAAUGUUUGAAAGUAAUUGCAUGUUAAAUUCAUUCGUUAUCUUUGCAGUUAUUUCUAUUCGAUUUCAUGUGUAUAAGUAUCCUGUUAAUCCAUGGUUAGUGUUGUGCGUGUGACUGAAACGGUCGUAGUGAGAUAUUGUGUAUAAGACGAUUCGAUGAAUUUUCAUGUGUGGCUAUUAAUCCACACAUAACUCUGAUUCUUGUAACAGAAUUCAUGGUUGUGAUGUUAUAUGUAUAUCUGGGCGUGCAUCAGAGACUUGGUACUCUGUCAUUUUACACAUAGAAAAUUAUUUCUAGAUCACUGUACCCGAAUUACGCUUGUGAGCAUAUUACGAAUAGGAACAAAGGUACUGGAGUUGUAUCCUACAAUAGUUUUCUCUGCUGAGACAUCAUUCAAAGUGAACAGUCAGUAAAUAUUGAAUAUAUUAGCAUUUUAUAUUCAAUGGCUGAGUAAGUACAGAAUAUAUUUUUCGAUUUCAAUAUUUAGUACAACGUCAGACACGUGUAAAUGGUAUUAAUGUGAUGUCUGGUCUUCAAAUUUGAUAUAAACAGAUAACUUUAUAAUAAUAUGAAUUCUUGAAAAGCAUUGCAUUAAUACCAUAUACAUAUCAAUUGAUGCAAUGAUGGUAUUUGUCAUUUGCCAGUGACACUGAAUUUUCUUUACUAGAUAUCAAGUACAGAAUAGUAUAUUUGGCAGAUACAAAUUACAAGAGUCAUAUUCGACUGCAUGAAUGAAUUAAAAAAUAUAAGCGAAUGUAGAUGAUCACCAUAGAAUACAAUACGUCAGGUUGUUCGUCAAUCGUUCUAAGUAGAAAUUCAUUCGAUUCUGCCUAUUCCUGUUUGCAAAUCCAUUUCCGCCUUUGUGAGAGUUAGAUUAAACUUUCGUAAUAACCGUGUCCGCUGGUUCUGUUACGUUGUACAUCGUAUUGUCCAUGUAUUGCCAAUGUGAAAUCAAUUAUGAAUACAUUGAUCGAACUCUUACUAGCAUUCAGAAAUUUCAUUUAUUCUGUGAAGAUUGCCGUUACGAGUUUGUAUGCGUAAUAGUAGCGGUACGAACAAACUAUUUAUAUUGUUACAUGUGUGAGCACCGAUUAAGUUAAACAAUUUUAUAGAUUCUGAGGAAUUAAUUAUUCU